AUGGAAGGCACUGUCUUUGUGCACCACGGCUCCUCCGAGUCUAUCCCUCCUGCUUCCUCCCCAGGACUUCAGUUUCUCUACAGAUUCAUCCCUGCCCUCGACUCCGUAGGGCAUGAUGAGAACCGGAUAACCCACUUCUUCGCCCCCAACGCCCCAAUUCUCGUCGGCAGCAGCCCGCCAACAGCCGCAAGCCAAGCUGUCUCUCUCAUGGAGGUGCGUAGUCGUCAUCUUUCCAGACUUCAUCAUACUAUCCAUAUCGCCUGGGAUAUAGAUCUUGCUGGCGACAGGAGAUGGGUUCGUACAUCAGACAAUAAUACCACUGCGGACGAAAAUUCGGAUCAAAAUUCGGAAUUCGUUGCAUCGCUGGCCGGCGGUAUACAAAUGAAGCGCACUGUGAUGUUCGAGGCAACCUCUGCAACUACAUUCGAAGCGGACCCAGACCAAUUUGCCGUUCAGGUACGCGAGUUUAAUAUCUUGGACUUGGAAGGUCAUGAUGCGUCCGACCUGCAAAUUGUUGAAAUGCGGAUUUUCUUGGACCAGAGACCCAUUCAGGCCUAUGCCUCGCAGCUACACAUCCAAUAG